AUGGACCGCAGCCGGGGUCACGGGACCGCAGCCGGGGUCACGGGAUCGCAGCCGGGAUCACGGGAUCACGGUAGCAACCGGCAUCCGCGGAUAGGCGCGGGGCCCCUCGGUCGGCCGGGGGCGCGCGGGCCGCCGGCAGGGGCGGUGCGUGCCUCUCGCCGCGGCGCCCGCCGCCUGCUGACGAUGCCCGCCCCGCCCGCCGCCCGCCGCCGCUCCCUCCGCCGCCUGCCGCCCGCCCCGCCGCCGCGCCCGCCCCGCCGCCCCCCCGCGCCGCCCGCGCUGCUCCGGCUGCCGCGCGUGGCCGCGCCGCUCUGCCGCAGCUUCUCCGAGCUGCCGCCCCUGACCUUGGCCGACAUCAAGGACCGGGUGCUCUACGUGCUCAAGCUCUACGAUAAGAUCGACCCCGAGAAGCUCACAGCCGAGUCCCACUUCAUGAAGGACCUGGGCCUGGACAGUCUGGACCAAGUGGAGAUCAUCAUGGCCAUGGAGGAUGAGUUCGGAUUUGAAAUUCCUGACGGAGAUGCAGAGAAGCUGAUGUGCCCACAGGAGAUUGUAGAUUACAUUGCAGAUAAGAAGGAUAUUUAUGAGUGAAGCAGUUGCUCAGAGGAGUUGUCCCACGCCAGGGCUGGGCUGGUGCCGGCAGGGAUGGACGGGAGUGCACACGCUGUCCCACUGCUGCCUUCUUUGGAAGCUGCACGUGGAUGUUGUAUUUAAAGCUGUCUGAAUGUGUUGUCCUUUAAAAACAAGAAAAAAAAACAGGAAUAAAGAGUUAAGACCA